AUGUGGGCUAGGAUUUUAACUCUGGAGGAAACAACCAACAAAGGGGUGGUGCUCGCCCUGUAUGAAGCCUUGAGCUCACACGACGUCGUUCAGGUCCAGAAACUCCUGGCCCCCGACCUUGAGUGGUGGUUCCAUGGUCCUCCUUCUCAUCAAUUUUUGAUGCAAAUACUCACCGGUACUGCUAAAUUCGAUAACGCCUCUUUUCAAUUUCUUCCUAAAACCAUUGACGUAUUCGGCUCCGUGGUUCUCGUGGAAGGCUGUGACCCGACCCGAUCUAUUACUUGGGUUCACGCCUGGACUGUUACGGAUGGGGUAAUUACCCAGGUUAGGGAGUAUUUCAAUACCUCACUUACUGUCACCCGUUUUCGGAAGAAAACCCAAUCCGAUAUUUCCUCUAUUACGCCUCUGCAUUGUCCCUCUGUUUGGGAGAGUAGCUUACCUAAUCGGGUCGGGAAAUCUGUUCCGGGUCUUGUAUUGGCUCUAUAA